AUCAGGUCCGCCAAGUUUGUAUUUAAGGGACCGUGUGCAUUCGUAACUUCCACUGCUGUGGAAAUCAUGUCUGGUCGCGGCAAAGGCGGAAAAGGGUUGGGGAAGGGUGGUGCUAAGCGCCAUCGUAAGGUGCUCCGGGAUAACAUCCAGGGCAUUACAAAGCCUGCUAUUCGCCGUUUGGCUCGGCGUGGUGGCGUCAAGCGCAUUUCCGGCCUCAUCUAUGAGGAAACUCGAGGUGUGCUUAAGGUUUUCUUAGAGAACGUUAUUCGAGACGCUGUCACCUAUACGGAGCACGCCAAGCGCAAAACUGUCACAGCCAUGGAUGUAGUAUACGCUCUAAAACGUCAGGGGCGCACUUUGUAUGGCUUCGGCGGCUGAAUCUAUGAAUACGCGGUCUCCUGGAAUUU